GUCUUUCCUAGGGGGGGGGGCAUGGAUGUCUUUGGUGUUUGUUCCUUGAAUUGUGACAUCCUGUAAGGAGGUAGAAAGAUUCCUGCUAAAGGGAAUUCCUUCCAUGGUGACCCUCCAAGUCUGCACGCAGCCCCGUCCAGCUGAGGGCCCGCAGCGCUAGGCCGGGUGCUCCGUCCAGCUUGUCAGUGUCCCCCAGAGACGCUGCCCACGAAGCUGACCCUCAAGCGAGUGGACCAGCCCUGAACCCAAGCAGGUCUGGCAGCUGCUCCCCUGCCUCUCUCUUCUUCCCGAGGCCUUCUAGCUAGAGCCGCCUUCAUCCUCAGUACUGACCGGCUGCUGGCAUGGCCCUCCACAAGGUAUUGUUGCCUCAGUUUCCCCGCUGACAGGUGAUGCUGCCCUCUCCUGGUACCACCCAGCCACGCCCCAAAUCCUGCUUCAGAGGCUGCCUCCCACUUCCUCUGCUUGCCCCCCACUGUCUCCUGUCACAGUAGCUCCCCUUUCCUUUCCUGGGCAGGAUUUCCUUUCCACUCUCUCCCCUUCCUGGGCUUGGUAAACCAGUCCCUAAUCUCUUCCCACCCGAUAGGAAGGUGUGUCCCUCCCAGGCACUCCUCAGACACGCCUCAGCCUCCUCCAGGUUUCCAUGGUUCCAUUGCUCAACAGUUUGCCAAGGGUAACCAUUAACCUUGCCCUAACUAGCUUCCCCACCUCUCUCCAUAGAGGGGGCUCUCCAGCCAUUGUUCAGCAGCCAGGUUACCCCACCAUCUUUCCUAAAGUCUUGGGUGGGACCUCCCCAUCUCAGGGUACCCAGGACAAAGCUGGGAGGAAUGUGUAUCUGCAGGGAUCUGUUUCUUAAAGGUAUACAUUUGUUUAUUUCUGUUCACAAUCUAUCUCCUUGCUUCUCCUACACUCACACACACUCAAAAGUUAGCUUCAUGGAGCUCAGACUUAAUUAUGUUCAUUGCUUUGAGUCCACCACCCAGAGUAGGACUACAUCGCUGCUGUAGGAAUGAGCCCCCUCUGUCCUUACCGGGUGUGUGUGCCCAGGGGUGGGGCAUGUCCCCAAAGGAGUGUAGGUGUUCUUAUCAGGUCUACUCUGUCAGAAUUGGGUGCAAUUCCCACACUUUCACUUCGGGGUGGGGUGGCCUAAAAUGAUAAGUUAGGCCCUGUGGUGCCCCUGUGGGGUGUUCAUACACUGUACCCAGGAAAUCGCAAAGGAGGUUGAGAUACGAGUCUCACUUCUUUUUUUUUAAUAUUUUUUAUUGAUUUCAGAGAGGAAGGAAGAUAGAGUUAGAAACAUCAAUGAUGAGAGAGAAUCACUGACUGGCUGCUUCCUGCACACACCCCCCCACUGGGGAUCGAGCCUGCAACUUGGUUAUGUGCCUUUGACCGGAAUCAAACCCGGGACCCUUGAGUCCACAGGCUGACACUCUAUCCACUGAGCCAAACCAGCUAGGGCGAGUCUCACUUAUUUCUGCUUAUUUAUUUAUAACACAUAGCUCUUACUACAUUUGCCAGGCACUGUUCUAAGCUCUUUAUAAAUAAACCAAGAGGAACAAAUAUUAACUUAGAGUUGUUGACACAGUUGAAUUAUUGUUGCUUAUCUCCACUCUCCAGAAAAAACAAUGCGCCUCCGGCCCUUUAAAGUCGUUCCCCUCCCCGAUCCCCCCUCCCCCGGCAAAGCCCCCAGAACAGUUUCCUAGGCUAGGACUCGAGCUCGGCUUCCGGCCUCCUCUCAGGCUCCACCCCGCGUUAAUCAGAUCCUGGAAACCGUGGGGCAGAGGCCCAGCGGCUGAGCGGCGGCCGAGGGCGGGAAGUUUGAACGUCUUGGCACCACCCAUUUAAGAACAGGCCAAUCAGCGUCCAGCCUUCUUAGCGACCGCGCCCCUCCCCCUCCCGUCCUGCUGGCUCUCUAGGCAGGAUCCGGGUCUCUACGACCAAUAGCGAUUAAGGGGGUGGGGCCCCUGCGCGCGCACCCGUCCUGGCGUCCGCGCGCUCCUCCUGCAGGCCUGUGGUUGGUCGUGGCUCGGUCUCGCGCACGUCGAGGUCCCGGGGACAGAAAAGGCGGGAAAACUCCGCAAGUUGUCCGCCUGUGAGGUAGGAAGCCUAGAGCGCGGGCCCGGCCUUGGGGCGUGGCUGGCAGGGGCGGGAGAGGAGGCUGGCACGGCUCGCCCACGCUGCCCGCAGACCGUCUCCAUCCCAGUGCCACCUCGGCGUGACAGGAAUGUGGGGGGCGGGGGUUCCACAGACUGUCCGUCCUUGAAAUACUGAGAGGUCGCCCCUCGAAAUGCCCCACAGAUGACGGAAAUAAAUGUGACCUCUCCUCACCUCAGCCCUCCCAGACUUCCCUGUGCACUUGCGCCCGCCUCGCGGUGAGCGCUCGCUCCUGAACCGUCUUCAUUUCCCGCAGCGCAGAGCCUCCCUGCCCAUGGCCUCGGUGGGAGCGACCGCCGGCGGGACGCCGCAGGGACCGGGAGCCGGGGCGGCCGCGGCCAGCUUCCCCAGCCCGGCCCCGGUGCCGGGCCCCGCGGGGGCGGAGGACGACGCGGAGGAGCCGGCGGAGACGCACCUGUGCGUGCUGUGGAGCGCCGGCUGCCUGGGCUUGGCCUACUACGACACCGGCGACUCGGCCGUGCACUUCAUGCCCGACGCCCCGGACCGCGAGAGCCUGCAGCUCCUGCAGAGAGUCCUGGAUGAAAUCAGCCCCCGGUCUGUUGUUACCAGUGCCAAACAGGAUGAGAAUAUGACUCGGUUUCUGGGGAAGCUUGCCUCGCAGGAACACGGAGAGCCUAAGAGACCUGAAAUCAUAUUUCUGCCAAGUGUGGAUUUCGGUCUGGAGAUAAGCAAACAGCGCCUCCUUUCUGGAAACUACUCUUUUAUCCCAGACUCCAUGACCACCACUGAGAAAAUUCUCUUCCUCUCCUCCAUAAUUCCCUUUGACUGCCUUCUCAUGGUUCGAGCACUUGGAGGGCUGCUCAAGUUCCUGGGUCGAAGAAGAAUCGGGGUUGAACUGGAAGACUAUAACGUCAGCGUUCCCAUCCUGGGCUUUAAGAAAUUUGUGCUGACCCAUCUAGUGAGCAUAGAUCAAGAUACUUACAGUGUUCUGCAGAUAUUUAAGAGUGAGUCUCACCCCUCAGUGUACAAAGUGGCCAGUGGACUGAAGGAGGGGCUCAGCCUCUUUGGAAUUCUCAACAGAUGCCGCUGUAAAUGGGGAGAGAAGCUGCUCAGGCUGUGGUUCACACGUCCAACUCAUGACCUGGGGGAACUAAAUUCUCGUCUGGACGUCAUCCAGUUUUUCCUGCUACCCCAGAAUCUGGACAUGGCUCAGAUGCUGCAUCGGUUGCUGGGUCACAUCAAGAAUGUGCCCCUGAUUCUGAAACGCAUGAAGUUGUCCCACACCAAGGUCAGCGACUGGCAGGUUCUCUACAAGACUGUGUACAGUGCCCUGGGCCUGAGGGAUGCCUGUCGCUCCCUGCCUCAGUCCAUCCAGCUCUUCCGGGACAUUGCCCAAGAGUUCUCUGACGACUUGCACCACAUCGCCAGCCUCAUUGGCAAAGUGGUGGACUUUGAGGGCAGUCUUGCUGCAAAUCGCUUCACAGUCCUCCCCAACAUAGAUCCUGAAAUUGAUGAGAAAAAACGAAGGCUGGCGGGACUUCCCAGUUUCCUCACCGAGGUCGCUCGGAAGGAGCUGGAGAACCUGGACUGCCGCAUUCCUUCAUGCAGCGUCAUCUACAUCCCUCUGAUCGGCUUCCUUCUUUCUAUUCCCCGCCUGCCUUCCAUGGUGGCGGCCAGUGACUUUGAGAUCGAGGGACUGGACUUCAUGUUCCUCUCAGAGGAGAAGCUGCACUAUCGCAGUGCUCGAACCAAGGAGCUGGACGCAUUGCUGGGGGACCUGCACUGCGACAUCCGUGACCAGGAGACCCUGCUGAUGUACCAGCUGCAGUGCCAGGUGCUGGCUCGGGCGGCUGUCUUGACCCGGGUGUUGGACCUUGCUUCCCGCCUGGACGUCCUGCUGGCUCUUGCCAGUGCUGCCCGGGACUAUGGCUACGCAAGGCCCCGUUACUCUCCCCGGCUCUUUGGGGUACGAAUCCAGAAUGGCAGACACCCUCUGAUGGAGCUCUGUGCCCGAACCUUUGUGCCCAACUCCGCAGAGUGUGGUGGGGACAAAGGGAGGGUCAGAGUCAUCACUGGCCCCAACUCUUCAGGGAAGAGCAUAUACCUCAAACAGGUAGGCUUGAUCACAUUCAUGGCCUUGGUGGGCAGCUUUGUGCCAGCAGAGGAAGCCGAAAUCGGGGCAGUAGACGCCAUCUUCACCCGUAUUCAUAGCUGCGAAUCCAUCUCCCUUGGCCUCUCCACUUUCAUGAUCGACCUCAACCAGCAGGUGGCAAAAGCAGUGAACAAUGCCACCGAGCGGUCUCUGGUCCUUAUUGAUGAAUUUGGAAAGGGAACCAACACGGUAGAUGGGCUCGCACUGCUGGCUGCCGUCCUCCGACACUGGCUGGCUCUCGGACCCACAUGCCCCCACAUCUUUGUGGCCACCAACUUUCUGAGCCUCGUUCAGCUACCCUUGUUGCCACAGGGGCCCCUUGUGCAGUAUUUGACCAUGGAGACCUGUGAGGAUGGGAAUGACCUUGUCUUCUUCUAUCGGGUUUGCGAAGGUGUGGCCAACGCCAGCCAUGCCUCCCACACAGCUGCCCAAGCCAGGCUUCCUGACAAGCUCAUAGCUCGUGGCAAGGAGGUCUCGGACUUGAUCCGCAGUGGUAAGCCCAUCGAGCCUCUCAAGGAGCUGCUGAAGGAGAAGCAAAUGGAAAAUUGCCAGACAUUAGUAGAUAAGUUUCUGAAACUGGAUUUGGAAGAUCCCAACCUGGACCUGGACAUUUUCAUGCGUCAGGAAGUGCUCCCUGCAGCCGCCACCAUCCUCUGAGAGUCCUUCGUCGGCCCUCCUCCCCUUCCCACACCCUGUGGGCUGCUGUGCCCUUUUUGUUUCUUUAGACCCAAAGUUCUCAGUUUCCCCAGAAAUCUUGUUUCACAUUAGGAAUAAAGUUUAUUUUGGAGAAAGUUGUUUCCUUAGACCAGCCAAAACAAAGCAAGAGACUAGAAAAGAGAUAAAACACCAAGUAGGAGUCCACAGAGGGACCUGCCCUGCCUAAUUAGGGGGGCGGGGGGAAUAAAUGGUGAUGGAAGGAGACUUGAAUUGGGGUGGUGAGCACAUACAAUACCCAGAUGUUGCAUGAUAGACUUGUACACCUGACACCUGCAUAAUUUUAUUAACCAAUGUCAGCUCAAUUAAUUCAAUCAAAAAUGACAGUGCCAUUUCUGUGGGAAGACGGGGGAUUCUACCCAGGGGGACUUUAUGAGAACCGACUUCAGACCCUGCAGAACAGAGGAGCCUAAGGGAGAUAGAUGGGCCUUCCCAGCCUCGGACACACAGCAGGAGGAGCUCUGAGGCUGAAAGACUAGGUAGGAGGCUGCAAGGAGCAGGGAGAGGGGGGAGGGGCCAGCCCUGGUCACCAGUGGGUGUGGCUCCACCUUCCCACCUCAGAGCCCUGAGGAGCCAGGGUCCUGCCCCUGCUGCAGGCCCCUUCCAGUUCCGCUGGGGACAAGCCACCAAGACCCAGCAGCCUGCCCUAGCUGGUCUGGCUCAGUGGGUAGAGUUCAGUGGAUAGAGCAUCAGUCUUUGGACUGAAGGGUCCCGGGUUCAAUUCUGGUCAAGGGCACAUGCCCGGGUUUGAUCCCCAGUAGGGGGCAUGCAGGAGGCAGCUGAUCAGUGAUCCUCAUCACUGAUGUUUCUCUCUCUCUCUCUCUCCCUUCCUCUCUGAAACCAAUAAAAAUAUAUUAAAAAACAAACAAAAACCCAGUGGCCUGAAGCUUCUUCCUCUGGGUGAGUACUAGUCCACCAAGAGGCCCCAGGGGAAGCCCCUCCUCCCAGAUCUGCCCUCUACAUUUCCACUCAAUUUUGGGACUUAUAAGUCUUCCUCACUGCGUUCCCUUGCCCUGGUGGACAGUCUGGGCUUGAUUCAGUGACCAGACAGAACCCAAGCAGGGGCUCCUAGAAAGACCGUGGCCCAGAGCCCUAAUGUGGAGUAAGCCUCUGCUGUUUGCAUUUUCCAGCUGCAGAGGCAGGCAGGCUCUGGAGCAGGAACAGUCUGCCCUAUGCAGGGGCUGCAGGGGCUGCAGGGGCUGGAGCUGCGGGGGCAUGGCCAGGCCUGGUUUGAGGGCCCGCUGAGAGGCACAGCAACAGCAGCUAGGUGCAGGGGCCUUUGGUGAGCUG